AUGAAUAAGAUUGUGAUCACGAAUUCUCGAUAUAAUCUGUCUGAAAGCGAGUUAUUGGAUGAGCUUUGUGUUCAGGGAAUGAUGAUACUUCGUGAACAUAUUUUUGACGAUGUUCUGGACGAAAAUACGGUCACCAAGGCUGAGACAUCAGCUCUAAAAGCAUCUAGAUUUGAAGACAGUACCACUCGAUCACAAAUGUUUUAA